CUCAAUCGGUGCCGAGCGGUCUAGACGGACGGAAAAGUUUUCAAAAAAUAAAAACCCAGUCCAACUUUGACAUAUAGCCUGCAUUGUAGAGAGAUACUGGUACAUUGUCUUUUGGUUCCGCAAGAAGACGACGUGGCUGUAUUGUUGUGAGGUGUCUAGAACACGACGUUGGCUUGAUUGAGAGGUGACGUAACAACUUGAAAAGCACAGGACCGUUGUGCGUUUCUGUCUUUAAAAAUAAAACAGAAUAAUUUCGAGUGAGAAUAUCGAUACUGUGGUGUUCGUUGGGGAUUCGCUAAACUUAGGUGGACCGGCUUCUUGAUAUCCAAAGUGCACCGGCCCAACGACUCCGAAGGCUCCGAAACAGCUCUUCCGAUCGGUUCUGGUGUCCUGUGGACGGAACUAACAAGUUUUGCUAAAAGACUGCCCGUAGACAAGAGAGCCUGCUCGAAUUCAGCCCCUUUCCUUCUUUGGUGCAUAAUAAAGAGACAAAGAAGAAGUACGUUGUUAGGCGCUCAACGGGGAUCAUUCUCCUGCUUCAGAGGCACAGAAUCGUCGGUUAUCACGUUACGCCAGCCAAACAGGCGUCUACUGCUGUGCCAGACGUCGCUUUAACCACUACCCGUCAAUGCACGCGUUCUCUCUGUGGCGGAAAGUUCUCGCGGGAAGCCGUCGGAGCCAAGCCAAGGCUAAGACGCGCUCCAAGACAAAGACGAGCCAAGCAACGCCCCCCAAGGAUCCGUCCACGACGGCCCCGCAAGGGCGACAUGGGCCUCGCAGGGUCUCCACCGACGCUCGUGGAGCGAGCGGGGAUGGCUUCGUCGGAGGCUUCCUCGGAGUUCGGAGGCUGAAGAUCAUGACAUCGAGAAGCCGCGUCUGCGGCAACAAGUACAAGGUCAACAACCAGAACCUGGAGAAGUUCGAUCAGAUCCUCUCGAAGAUUCCCGAAGGUGAGAAGACCAAACCGGCGACGUCCUCGGCUUCUCUGCCCGAAAAACGCGAGGACGUUUGCCGCACCCCGGUGCAGCCACUGGAAAGACUUGAGGAAAGACUCGGGGAAAGACUCGGUGAAAGUCUCGGUGAAAGACUCGGUGAAAGACUCGGUCCAGAUAUCAGUCCAUCGGCGACAAUGGGUAGUUCAGUAACGGCCGAGUACGAACUCUUCUGCAAGGAGUUCCACAGCGAGGCCAAGCAGCUGCUCACCGAUGAGGAACCAGAGAAGACGCCCGUCAACCCAAUGCGACAGUUGCUCCAGCAGGCCUCCGAAGCUGCCGCCAAGGGCCUGCAGCUGCAGCGGGUCACAACUGCGGCCGGAACGCCCCCUAGCGCCAGCCACAUCGGGACGCGCACUUUGGACACGUACGCAACGCCCUCAGCGUUAACGACGAACGCGCUCAUCGACGCCACUGUCGCCUGAGCGAUAACGCUGGCUCCAUAAAUCACAGUUAAAGCUACAACAUAACUCACAUGGCGAUAACAAGUUGCUGUUGGUAAAAAAGGAUUCUUCUGUAGUUACUGAGGUUCCUGAUGCAGCGCCAGACUUUUCUGUAAUGGAACUGACAUGCUUUAUCGUGGCAACAGAAACGAAUACUGUCGCUUGAGUGCUGUUAUAAAAGAGAGCUGAACUACUGCAACAAUUUUUUUCAGUAGCGCAGAGAAUUGCAUCGUCACGACAGGCAAGGAAUUGUCGUAGCAGAGAUGUGUCUGAAACUCGCUGUAGAAAUUUGCUGUAGUACCACAGAGGCCUGUUGGCACAUACUACAGCUUUGUCCAAGACUACGGGGCAAGGUCUAAACGAUGUCUAGUAUAAUACAAUAGCACAUCCGAAUUUUCUAUCGUCGUACUCUGUUGUAUUACUCAAGCGGUGUAUUAUUCACGUGAAGUCAUUUUACGCCAACUGCUUGAAAAAUUUGCAGCUUCCACUCACAGCAUUAUUCGCAGCUACAGCUAGCUGUUGUACUGUUAACUAUUUGUUAACUAUAAAACGUAGCUGACCAUACAACAAAGUGGAGGGCUCGAUGACGUCACUGCAUACUCCAGGGACUGUUCACGUGACGUCACUGACCAUAGCUGAGGAUAAGUAGAGUAGAGUGAAAACAACAAGACGAUGGCUUUUACAUUCCGGUCGUCUUGAAGCAAAGCAGCCAUGUGACUUUUUGUGAUCUGCUUUUUAAUACUUCAGUGCGUUUCCCGCAAGAGUGCUCUCAACCUGCAUAAUUUCUCAGGAGUAAUUUACUGAGCGAUUAUUGUAAAAUCAGGAUUAGAUGUUUAUUUAUACGUACUGCAUUCUUCAUUUUCCUUGCCUGUCAUGUGCGAGCGUUGUGAGCAAUAUCAGAGGGGCCACUGAAAUAACUUUCUAAAGGUCACACUUAAUGUUCACUCAAAAAGGUAUCUCUCAAGAUUCGUUAGGUUUCUUCAAUAUCGAUACCAAUAACUCAUAUCAAUACAAAUAUUCACGUGAAUUCAGUGUUCCCUCUCACAUUUCUGGCAACACUAUAAAUUUAUAUUAGUGUUUUUCAGGCUUUCUGAGAACAUGCACAUACAUGUCCAAUUCACCGCCCUUUCGUUCCACUGUUCUCGAAACGGACAGUUUUGCUCAGUAUUUGUAUUAUUACUACUCUAGAAUAAGUCGAGUGGUGUUAAUCAACGAUUAAUGCGUGAAUAUCGAUGUGGUAAGAAUAGCUGAGGCCACUGUUACAUUCUUAUUUACAUGCAUUGAAUCUAUGUUUAUAUGACCCAAGUCCCUUAGGUCAGUUUGUAUUUUAAGUCGCAUGCGCAAAAACUGUUCGGUUUCAAGCGUCGCAGUUUUUGGGUGCAUUUUUUCUUUGGUUACUUCCCCACGUUGUACGCUUUUUUUUCAUCCUAUUUAUAAUACAAUAAUACUUUCAGUUUUAACAAGUGUGAAACUUUUUUUGACUAUCCGCCUAGCUUUAGCUUGUUUGUUUACCUGUGAUGUAUUUGCGAAUAAGCGCUAUCACCACUGUAUUUUGUCUGUCUCCAUAUCUCUGACACUUUUCUCGUGCAUUCACACGCAUAUGUUCAUAAGUUCUUGUUUGUUCGAAUACCUAUUCAUAUUCAUACUUUAGAUUUCUUUCUCAGCAUGGUCAAUAAAAUAUUGUGUACCGUUGCUAGUA